UCAAAAAAAUUCUAGGGCUGGAUGGAGCACUAGAACAAGGCGAGAGAGCAAUCGCUUGGCAGCAUUUUCAUUCUCUGAAUCCAUGGGAUUUCUUUGCUCCAUCGCUAUGGUAUUCCCCGGUGAUCUCGAUCAAACCACAUGGCUGUAAGGUUCUUCCCAAAUCAAAGAAGAAUUUCGCCAUUGCAAGACCUUCCAUCAACAAGGAGCCAUGAAGCCAAAGACAAAGACUACCAAGUCCUCAGGAUCUACACGAAAAUGCGUGACAAGGGCGAGAAGCCGAGCAUUUCAAUCGUUCUCGCAGCACUCAAGGCAUGCAGCAAAACCAGAAACUUGCGAGCUGGCCGGAUCAUCCACGCCGAUCAGUCAAAGAACAGUGAUGAAGAGCUGGAGGUUUUCGUGGCAAACUCGCUCGUAGACAUGUACGCCAAGUGUGGGAGCAUGCUGGAAGCACAGAGAGUCUUCGAUCGAAUGCCGCGACGUGAUGUGAUCUCCUGGACUUCUCUCAUGUCGGGAUACGUGCAAACUGGAAAUGGAGAGCUCGCUUUGGAGCUCUUCGCGUUCCUGCAAGAAGAACAAGGCCUCACUCCCAACGCUCGGACUUUCGUGGCGGCUUUGAGAGCCUGCGCCGAUACUGCUGCGAGAGAAAACUCCAUGGAACUUAGCGGGAAACUUGUGAAGCCGGUGUCCUUGGAGAAAGGGAUGUUUCUACACUCUCGGGUUGGACAGGAGGAGCUCGGCGCGGACGUUUUUGUUGCGAGUAGCCUGGUGGAGAUGUACUCCAAGUGUGGGAGCUUGGAGGACGCUUACAGGGCCUUUCGGAGGAUUGAGAAGCGGGACGUGGUUUUGUGGAACUCCAUGAUCAUGGGAGCUUCUCAGGGUGGAGAUGGCGAGCUUGCGCUGGAGCUCUUCGGCGAGAUGCGAAAGGACGGUUUGGUUCCAAACUCGAAAACUUUUCAAUCGGUGCUAAAGGCUUGUGCUGCUCUUGCAGGGAGAAGAAAAUGCUUGGAAGAAUGCAAACACAUAGCUGAUCUUAUCUUCAAGUCUCCACACAAGUCGGACACUGCCGUGUUGAACGCUCUGGUGGACACUUACGUGAAGUGUGGAAGCUUGGCCAGCGGACGCAAGGUGUUUGAGAAAAUCCCGAAUCGCGACGUUGUUUCGUGGACUACGCUCAUAUCUGGAUACGCUCAAAGUGGUGACGCUAGCUUGGCUCUAGAGCUCUACGAACGAAUGAAGGCCGAGAAGCUAAGACCAAACGCGAGAACGAUGAUUGCUGCUGCGAAGGCUUGCACUCAACUUGCAAGAGAAGACGAGAAGGAAAUUGGCUUGGAAAAAGGUCGGGCGAUCCACUCGGAGGCAGUAACGGGUGGAUUCGAGUCGGAUAUCUUCGUUGCAAACGCGCUGAUCGACAUGUAUGGAGAGUGUGGGAGCUUGCCGGAAGCUCGACAGGUUUUCGAUAGAAUGCCACAGCGUGAUAUCGUUUCGUGGAACAUCAUGAUUCUGAAGUAUGCUUCGAGCAGUGAUCCGGGACAUGCUUUGGAGCUCUUUGACAGGCUGAAACAACGAGAAAAAAGACAAGAACAAGGCUUGAAAGCAAAUGCUCGAACUUACGUUGCAGCACUCAAGGCUUGCGCUGAGCUUUCUUGUGGAAGCCACCAAAGAGAAGGAGACGAAGGAGUGGAUUUACAAAACAGGAACAGGUGUCUAGAAAAGGCUCGAGAAAUUCAAUCGCAAGCCGAGAAGGAUGAUUUUUCUUGCGAUGCUUUUAUCGGCAGCUCGCUCGUGGAUAUAUUUGCAAAGUGUGGGAGGCCGGAAGAAGCUCGCCAGGUCCUCGAAAGAAUGAACAACAGGGAUGUGAUCUCAUGGAGUGCUCUGAUUCUGGGAUAUGUUCACAGUGGAGAAACAAAUCUAGCGUUGGAAUGCUUCGCUCGGAUGCAAGAAGAAGAUGGUUUGAAACCCGACGCUCGAGCUUACGUUGCCGGGAUAAAGGCCUGCUGUGCAGGUUUUCGAGCUAAACCGGAGGAGCAGGCAAAGUUUGUGAGCGCCGGAACAGCGAUACACUCUCGGCUUGGUGACUAUGAAUCGCAAACUUUGGUGGCAAACGCUCUAGUGGAUAUGUACGCCAACUUUGGAAGGAUGGACGACGCGAAGAGGGUGUUUGAUAGGAUGAAGCAGCGAGAUCUCAUCUCGUGGACGGCAUUGAUUCUGGGAUACGCGAAGAGUGGGAAGAGCGAGCUUGCAUUGGAGCUCUUUGAGCGCAUGCAAAGCGAAGAAGGAUUGGAACCGGAUGCUAGAACUUUUGUUGUUGCUCUCAAGGCUUGCUCCGAGGCUGUGAGUGGAAGUGGAGAGAAAAUGGCCGAGAAGGAGAAGAUUGAUGCUUCUUUGAGAGCUUGGUGCCUGGACAAAGGUGCUGCUCUCCACGCUCAAGUUCUGCAAGGCGGGCACGAGGACGAUCUCUUCGUUGCAAAUGGUCUGCUCGAGAUGUACGUGAAGUGUGGGAGUGUGGGAGACGCUCUUAAAGUUUUCAACAGGAUGAAGCAACCGGACUUGGCAGCUUGGAACUUGAUGAUCACAGGUUAUGCUCAGAGUCGUGACGAAGCAAGCUUGGCUCUCGAGCUUUUCUCCAGAAUGAAAGAGCAACGAUCGCUACUGCCGGAUGCUAGAACUUACGCUGCGGUAGUGAAGGCUUGCACCACUCUCGCGGCACUGGAAACCGGGAGAGAAAUCCAUGCUGAAAGUCGCAAGGCGGGACUCGAGAGUGACGAGCUUGUCGCGAGUUCUCUGGUGGAUUUCUACGCGAAGUGUGGGAGCAUGGCCGAGAGCGAGCAAGUCUUCGAAGCCAUGUCUCGAAAGAACUUGGUAGCGUGGAACGCUCUCAUCGCAGGCUAUGGCUACCACGGCGACACCGGGAAAGUUUUCUCCCUGUUCGAGAGGAUGCAAGCUUCUAGUUCUCUACAACCAGAUGGAGUGACGCUUCUCUGCGUGCUCAACGCAUGCAACCACGCGGGGCUCGUCGACAAAGGGAGGGAGAUCUUUGAGAAGAUGCGCUCCUCGUCUAGCAGCUUUGGCGUGGCUCCCGGACUUGGGCACUACACUUGCAUGGUCGAUCUUCUCGGGAGGAAGAACCAUCUCCGGGAAGCGCUGGCUAUGGUGGAAGCGAUGCCUAUUAGAGCGGACAGGGUGAUAUGGAUGACGGUGCUAGCGGCCGCUUGGAAGUGGAAGGAUGUGGAAGUGGCCAGGAUCGCGUUUGAGGCAGUGGUGGAGCUAGACAGCGAGGAUUCGGCAGCUUACUCGCUCAUGGCAAACACGUAUGCCGCGGCUGGAAUGUGGAAAGAAAGCCACGAAAUACGAAGAAGAAUGAAGACGAUGGAUCAUCACUCGAGAGUUCCAUCUAGCUGACCAAAGAAAGAAUCAUCAAAACGAGGAUCAGAAAACCAUCCAUCCAUACAAACACAAAUCUAUACUAAUUUAUACUAGUUUAUUUCAUGAC